GGCCUUCGUGCAGGAAUUGGACUUAGCUCGGACCUUCUGGAAUUUAGAGCAACAGCAACAAAUUUUAACAGAAUCAUCUAUUUCACCCUGACAACCAGCUUCGGUGAACUUCAGGAGGCACUGAAAUGUGCAGCAUUCUGUCUAUUUUGCCAGUCUGCGCCAUUCUGGUGUCCGGCCUCUGCUUUGUCUUGCAAUUCAUCGUCCUACCCUCGGACGAGUGGGGGCACUUCUCGAACAGGAGAAUACGAGGUAUCAAAGAGGAACGAGGCCACUUUGGCCUCUGGCGAGUCUGUUCAACGAAAAGAAACAUUGAAACCUGUGUAUCUCCCGAAAGCACCCAGCUUCCGACCCACGGGACAGCAGCUGGAGUACUGUCCAUUUUCCACUUAUUGUUACUCGCUUGCUUUCUGGCAAUAUCCGUUAUACGCAUCUUGCAAAUCGUCAAGAGGGCGCCAGACCUAUACCUGGGCACUAAAAGGCUACUCACGACCAAGGUGGGACUAGCUGUGACCUGUGUCGUUCUCUCUAUUUCUGUGUCCAUAUUGGCGAGUGUGGGAGAGGGAACUUUCAAGCAUCUCAACGUCUAUAAAGGAUGGGCAUUCUGGAUACAAAUUGUAAUCAUCUCAGUAGACAUUGUAUUGCUGCUAGUCUGCGCAUUUGAGAAUAUCCAGUACUGGCAAGUAAGAAUGGUGGAACCUCCUCCGCCAGAUCCCACGGAUUUAUUUCCAGAAACUUUCAUCGUUCCUGACUACGAGGCAGACACCCCUAGGCCAGAGAGGGUGGUAUAUGUCAGGGACGCAGGAGUGCAGUCCAGACUCGACGAUGAGAUAUCAUCGUAUGAUGGUCAGACAGAAAAGAACACCAGAGAUGAUCGAAGAGGAAGAAUGUAUGGCGGAGGUAGUCCUCAUCCGAAAAGAAGCGCUGCCCAUCACUUGUGAUAUUUUCUUUGCUGUCUUCAUUCCGCCUAUCAAUCCAAUCGGAUAAUUGCAUUUAAUAACGCCAUAUUUCACAACAGAUAACAUACGUUAUCGACAAUCGGUAGAAACAUAGGGAUAACAUCUGAAUUAAACAUGUUAUGAAGACACAAUGGAAACAUAUCAUUUUUUAUAAGUGUACAAAAGAAAUACUGAAACUGUUUCCUUUUUCGACAAAUAUUUAAAAUACUAAUCAAUUUUGCUCAAUAUUUCUAUUUUGAAAUCAUUUCAAGAUACAAUCAAGUCUCAUUAAAUCAAUAUUGAAAUAUAAUAUUUGUUAAAUUUAGACGAUGAUGGCUCACCAUUGGAGCUCUAAAUCUAUUUCAAAAAUUUAUACGAUCUCUCUCUCUCUCUCUUUUCUGUUUUCAUUGUAUUUCUACUCUACUGAAAACUAGAUCAUCACAUACUAUAGUUAAAAGACAAAAAUUAUUAGUUAACUAUUCUAUGAUUGCAAUUCUGUCGUCAAAAUUUAUUGCCAUUAAUUAUACAAACCAAAUUCGUAAUAGCCUGCACAACUAUUAAAAGCUACAAGAUUAAUACCAAAUUCAAAAUAAAAUAUCAAUAUCAAUUUUAGAAUUAAAAAGAAAAAGAAAAAUCGUAAAACAACACAAUAGCAUAAACAAUAAGCAAUGACACAUAAUAUGAAAAAAUGUUGAUCAAUUUUUGAAAACUAAUGUUAGGGUUGACUUGGGUACAGUGCAAGAAUGAUACUGUUAAAUAUAAUAACAAGCACUUGAUGUUGAAUCUAUUAAUAAAUAGCACUUGAUGUUGAAUCUAUAAUAUUAGAAAAAAAAUGUAAACAAUUUGAAAAAUUACAACAAAAAAAAAGACAUGUGAUGUUGAUUAAAAUAUUAACUACACAUUAAAGACUUCUUUAAUAAAAUUCUUAGCAAAUUAAUGCAUUCAUUUCUUAAUGAUAACUGAGUAAAUCAAUCUUAAAAAUAGUUUUAAAGCAACUUGAUG